CCUUGACAUUCAUCCAUAGCUCUCUUAACAUGGCCAACGCCGCUCACGGUGGUAUCCUCAAAGACCUAGUAGCCAGAGACGAUGCUAUCUCAUCGCACCUCCGGGAAGAAGCUUUUACCCUACCUGAUAUAGUCUUGACAGAGCGCCAACUAUGUGAUCUAGAGCUCAUCAUCAACGGUGGUUUUAGCCCUCUAGAAGGUUUUAUGAACGAAAAAGAUUAUCAGAGUGUCGUCGACACCCUCCGUUUGGCGGACGGCACAUUAUUCCCCAUCCCAAUCACCCUAGAUAUAUCUAAAGAAGACAUCGACCGGCUUAGUCUUGCUCCCGGUGUCCGCGUCGCAUUACGAGACCCACGUGACGACCAGGCGCUUGCAAUUAUUACAGUGGAUGAUAUAUACACGCCAGACCGCGUGAAGGAAGCGAUACAAGUUUUCGGGGCUGACGACCCAGCUCAUCCUUCCGUUGCAUAUCUUCGCAAUCGUGUACAAGACUUUUACAUUGGUGGGAAGGUGCAAGCCAUUCAAUCACCCUCACAUUUCGAUUAUGUUGCCCUCCGUUACACCCCCUCGGAAUUGCGCUCCCACUUCAAGAAGCUUGCAUGGAGAAAAGUUGUCGCUUUCCAGACACGCAAUCCAAUGCACAGGGCGCACCGUGAACUUACGGUCAGGGCAGCCAGGCAACGCCAAGCUAAUGUUCUUAUUCAUCCGGUCGUUGGCCUGACAAAACCGGGCGAUGUUGACCAUUACACCCGUGUUCGUGUUUAUCAAGCUAUCAUGCAAAAAUACCCCAAUGGCAUGGGUCAUCUUGCCCUUUUACCCCUUGCUAUGCGUAUGGCGGGACCACGAGAAGCAGUCUGGCAUGCUAUUAUACGGAAGAACUACGGAGCAACUCAUUUCAUUGUUGGCCGCGAUCACGCUGGACCCGGUAAAAACUCGCAAGGGAAGGAUUUCUAUGGGCCUUAUGAUGCUCAGGAUCUCGUCAUCAAGUAUCACGAUGAACUUCAAAUCGAGAUGGUGCCCUUUCAACAGAUGACAUACAUUCCUUCGACGGAUGAAUAUCAACCAGCGGACGAGGUACCCAGAGGCGUUCAAACGUUGGACAUAUCGGGAACAGAACUGCGAAAACGUUUAAGGACGGGUGCGCCAAUACCAGACUGGUUCAGCUACGACGCCGUUGUUAAAGUUCUCCGUGAAAGCUACCCUCCUAGGCACAAACAAGGAUUUGUGCUGUUUCUAACUGGUCUUCACAACUCUGGGAAAGACGCCAUCGCCAAAGCCCUUCAAGUGACAUUGAAUCAACAAGGUGGACGUAGUGUUUCGCUCCUUCUCGGCGAAACGGUACGACAAGAACUCUCGCCAAAACUCGGUUUUUCCGCGGAAGAUCGUCACGAAAAUGUUCAUCGCAUCGCAUACGUAUCCGCAGAACUCGCUCGAGCUGGUGCUGCAGUAAUAGCUGCCCCAAUCGCUCCGUAUGAACGGUCCCGCGAGCUUGCGCGACAGACGGUACUGCAAUCCGCUGGUGCGGGUGGAAACUUUUUCUUGAUUCAUGUCGCCACACCUCUUGAGCAUUGCGAGAAGACGGAUCGUAGGGGCUUAUACACUCGAGCACGUCUAGGCGAGAUCACAGGGUUUACUGGGGUUGACGACCCGUACGAAGCGCCAGAGCAUGCAGAAUUAACAGUAGAUGUGACGAAGCAAAGUAUACCAGAGAUUGUCCACAGCAUUAUUCUCCUGCUAGAAACAGGAUCACUACUCUAG